GAACAGGAACUCAGCUUUUAUCUACUGCCUUCUCCCUCAGGCACAGGAAAAGGAUGUUAGCUUUAAAGGAAAGGAAAAGAAAAGAAAGGAAAGAAAAUACUGAGUGGUGUAACAGACCCUCAUUACAGUGCCAGAAAAUGUCACAGAUUUGCUUACUCUAGUAUCUGCAAAUAUUCUUGCUAUGAUUUAGAGCCUGAAACACACUGACUUGAGCAACAGAAUAUUUGCAGUACAUGCAACAAAUUAUGGUCAUUAAGCUAUUCUGAGUAAAUACACAAUGAAAAAGAGCUUACAAACAUCCAUUUUCUAUGUUUUGUGUGGUCUUUGCAAAAUAAUUCUGUUCUCAUCAAAGUUUAAGAAAUUCAAGAAAUAGACCUUCAGAGAGGUCAGGAUUAUUGAGCUUUUUUGAAAAUUCCCAUCUGGGUUGCCACCUCUGGAUCUUGAGCCUACUACAGUGUGUAUUUUUAAUUAUUAUUUUUAAAAAAGGAAAACACGUGACAAAAGCUGCUGUACAGUUGCUACAUCUGUCAUCUCAUCCUAAUAAUAAAAACAAAUGGCUGUGGAGGUUGGAUGCAGUUUUGUUACGGAUUCUGAGUCACUUGAUGGUGCUGCUUUUAGUUUUGCUGCUAUCCUAAAGUAAACGGUGUAUUUUUGUUCUCAUUGUCUUACAGCAUGUCACACACUAGCACUUCUAAGGAUAAAAUUAGGGGGAAGGAUGCUCCGCUGACAAGAAGCUCUGAGCUCCCUGCAGCGUUGCCUGCCCCGAGAAUCCAGUGUGCCAUUUGGAGUUCCGUGAUCAAGCUGUCGGACAGCGGCACACUCUUCUGGAUAACCUGGAGCCUGCAGGUGAUACCCAAGCAAGCAAAAAGAAUGGAUGUCUUUAAGAAAGGUUUCUCCAUCGCUAAAGAAGGUGUGGUGGCUGCUGCAGAAAAGACCAAGCAGGGAGUGACAGAGGCUGCAGAGAAGACCAAAGAGGGGGUGAUGUAUGUAGGUGCCAAAACCAAGGAAGGCGUCGUGCAUAGUGUGACUUCAGUUGCUGAGAAGACCAAAGAGCAGGCCAAUGUCGUGGGAGAAGCAGUAGUAGCAAGCGUGAACACAGUGGCAAACAAGACUGUAGAAGGAGCAGAGACCAUUGUGGCCACUACAGGAGUUGUAAAAAAGGAGGAUCUGGCUCAGCCACAGCAGCCUGAGCAGCCGGGGGUGGCGGGAGAAGCGGUGCAAGGCACAGAAGGCAGCGGAGAGGGUGAGAAUGAAGGCAAUUAGUCAACUUAGGGACUCCUAGCUCAAAAGAGAGAAUCCAGGAGCAUAUAUGGAAAUAUUAGCUGAGACCACAACCGGAGAACCCUGCUAUCCAUAGACUAACUGCAUUCAGCACUGUAGUCUUUCACUUGCCUCAUAAACCAAUCACACAAUAAAUGUAAGUCAGACUCCUGAUUGUAUGUAAAGUGCAACGGUUUACUAUGGUAUGUGUCUCCCUAACCACGUCCUUUGUGGCUGCCUGACCCACUGGCUUUGAGUGCUGUGAUGCUCCAGUUUGUUGUGGUUGGACCCACUAAUCAGUGUCUCAUGUCCAUCUGCACGGGCACUUGGGAUCUCUAGGUACCAUGGAAAUAUUUUUUUUAACUAAUAAAAAAGUGUUUGAACAAA